AUGCGAUUCCGCAAGCCCAUGUUCCGUGAUAUCUUGCUUGCUGCGAGGUAUGUGGGCAAGAUUGCCUGCUCCAUCGGAUUGGUCUCUUGGAUUAUUCCUCUCUCAAUCAAACCAUUCAGACAUAACACCCACAAGAUCAUGGAGGCGGAGGAGGAGCCUAUACGGACCAGCAACAUUUUGGACCGCAAGGGAGAUAAGGUCUAG